AUGAUGUCUGAUACAGCUAUUCAAAAGUACCGCCAAGUUCUACAAAAGUUGCUUGCCUUUCUUCAAAACCGCAAGAAUAGAUAUGCUUGCAUUGGUGCGGCCAUUGUCUGUAUUCUUUCACGGCACAUUUACAGAUCCAUUGCAUUACCGCCAGAACAUUUGCGUUCAUUUCCUCAGGUAUCCACUUUUCAAGUUCUCAAUUCUUUCAGAAACUUUGAGUCUGUGCCCAGUCGUAUCAAACGAUUGAUCAAUCCCAUCACAGAUGUCGGUUAUAGCUUUUACAUGGCACGGUCUCCUCUUGCUUGGAAUCUGUUUGUAGCAGAUCCAAAGGCUGCCAAGAUUGUUCUAAUGAAAACAGAUAACUUUCCGAAAACGCAUCAAUUCUUCAGUAAUUCCGGGGAUGACACACCAUUAGCGAUGCUUUUAGGCAAGGAGAAUGUUGCUGUUUCUAAUGGAGAUGUUUGGAGGAAACAGAGAAGAAUCAUGAACCCAGCAUUUCAUCGUUCUCGACCCAUCAAGACAUUUGGUAGUGUCAUGCCGUUUUUAUUCAGAGCUAUUGAUGAAAAUCCGGAUAAGGUGAUGAUUUCCAAGCAGAUCAAGGGAUUCACCUUGGAUGCUCUCGGGCUGAGCGUGUUUGGUUUUGACUUUCAGUCAUUGCGAGGGGACCCUCAAAACUGGGCAGAUACCUACCACACUGUCAUGUCCAACAUCUUCAACCCAUUAUCAAGCCUGCUCAUCCGAUUCAGCUUUAUAUGGAGACUUAUUUCAACCAAAUUUGUACAGAUUGAAAAAGCGACAGAGAGACUAUUGUCCAUGAUGGAAAAUUUAGCGGAUGAGAAGCGUCGACAAAUCCUCAAUGGAGAGAUGGAGGAUUUGGCUGAUCAGGAAAAGGACUUACUCACCAUGAUGAUUGAAGCUGAUAUCGAGGAGGGCACCAAGACCACGACGACACAGUUAAGGCAAAAUAUAGCCUUUUUUCUCUUUGCUGGCCAUGAUACUACUGCAAAUGCAAUCUCUCUGUGUAUUUACAAUUUAGCAAAGAACCUAGAGGUACAGCAGAAAUUGCGUGAGGAAGUGUCUGACAUUUUAGGCUGUGACCCCAACGUUGUCCCUACCUUGGACGACUUGAAAAAGAUGGCCUAUCUUGAUCUCGUCAUCAAAGAGAAUCUUCGACGAAGUGGGCCUGUGGAUCGCAUUGUAUCCAGAGAUGCAACAGACGAUUUUAUCAUCAAUGGAACCCACAUCCCAAAAGGCACUCAACUGAACAUCGACAUUGGAUCACUCCAUUUCAACCCAAAACUCUGGCACAAUCCAGAAGAAUUCAUUCCAGAGAGAUUUGCACCAGGCGGUGAAAAUGAUUCACAUGAAGGAUUUGCCUACCUACCAUUCGGCCAUGGCGCCAGACAAUGCAUUGGCAUGAACUUUAGCUUAAUUGAGCAGAAGGUAGUGGUUGCUAUGCUGGUAAAAAAGUACCUUAUCGAGGUGCCAAAGGAUUCUAUACAUUACGAUGAAAUUCAGUUUGAUAUGCCAAUGACCAUUUCGCCCGAGUCACUAGAAUUGAAGUUUACAAAGCUCUAA